UGGUGGAUGAGAUAUAUUUGGUGGAGAAAAAGAUGUCUGGUCAUAUUUGGUGGAGAAAAAGAUGUCUGGUCAUUUUUGAUGUGGAAGUACAUUUUUGCGUCGCAAAAGUAUAAUUCCACAUCAGAAUUUCUUUUUAAUUUUUUUUUUCCAAAAAUUUCUGAAGGAAACUUCCGAAACAAUAAGAACACUCUAGAACUUGUUCAAUGUUAUUUUGAAAAUAUUCCAAAGGAAUUUCCUAUUUAGAAAGUUAAGAGGUACCUCGAUAUGUAUUUUAUUUUAUAUCUCUUACUUAUGCGAUACAAUCAUCAUCACUUGAAUCAAAAUUUAUUAAUUUUGAAGUAUACUAGUUACCAACAAUGACACUUAUUUUUGGAAUAAUGUUUCUAGCUUAUUUUGUGCGAUUGACAAUUCCUCUCCCUAUAGAAAGUCUCGUCGAAUGCGUCGAUGACGACAAGUUUAAAACUUCAGAUGGUUCUUAUUUACAAUGCAAACUUUCUUGUCAGUGUCCAUCUGAUAAUCAAAAGGAGGUCCAUAUAUCUUAUGCAGGAUGUCAGAAAUGUUGCUGUAGCAAUAUGGAUUAUAAACGUAUUGAAAAAGAUCUUCUAGAGACCAACAAAACACUUGAAUAUACACUGCAGGAAAAUCGAAAACUGACAGAUUAUAAUACUCAUCUAAAGAAAAUAUCUGAAGAGAAAUCAAUAGCUCUCCAUAAAAGCAACAAAAAAAACAAAAUAUCUGCUUUCAUCAUAGCUAUUAGUUCAGUAUCUUCCAUUUUGGUUAUAACUAUUGUUGGUUAUAACUAUAAAAAUCGAUUGAAAAAUGUUAUUUCUCGAUUUUUUCCUCCUUCAAAUGUGACUACAGAUUCUCAAGGUCUUAUAGAUUCAAAAUGGAUUUCUGUGGAAAAAAAGACAUCUUCUAAACUUGAAACAAUUGUGUAAAUUGUGUUAUUGAUGUGUAUAUACAUGCUUCUUUAUUGUAUAUGUUUUAAACAAUACAUUGUUGUUCCAAAGAUAAAUUUUCAAAUUCGAUAUUGAAUUAAAUGAUUUAGCGAAAAUUGACACUGUUCAAGUUACUGUCCAAGUCUUAGCAGAUCUCAUUUUAGCUUGUUUAUAUUUAUGGAAUUAUAUUGAAUUAUAUUUAUACUAUAUAGUAAUAAAAAACUCAAAAAAUAAAUUUGGAUUUAUCUUAUAAUAUAUCUAAAUAAAUUUAUUUAUUACUUUAUUUAUGUCUUACAUGUUACCUAAUGUUAUUAAUUAGCGCUCAUAAGUUACAUGUUACCUAAGAGGCCAUCUAUAAAGUACGUACGUAAAUCUUGAAAUCUUUUAUUUUUAAUUACUCUACACAAACUUUUUUUUUAAUUUCUUUUAAAAUGUUGUAACACGAUGUAACAUUUUAUAUUUUAAAUAAGUACAUUGAGUAAUAUUUUUAGUUUGAAAUAAGUACAGAGAAAUUCUCUGUACUUAAUUCAAACUUAAAAUAUUACUUAAAGAAGUAUUUAAAUCUUAAAAUGUUACAUCAUAUUUAACAUUUUAAAAGAAAUUUAAAAAAAAGUUUGCAUACAGUAAUUAAAAAAAAAAGAAUUCAAAACUUGCGUACGUACUUUAUGGAUUCCCCCAAAAUGUUAUUAAUUACUCAUAAGUUUGCUGAACAUUAAAGACUAUAAACACUAAUAAGACUAAAUGACACAUUUAGAGAAUUAAAAUUUGUUUAAAAACUUUUUCAAAUUUUUUUCUUUAAUAACUGCUGUUUUUGCGAACUCUGCUAAUAUUAUUAUU